GAACUCUCUUUGCAGCUCAUUCUGAAAACUCAUUACAACAACAGUCAUGGCCGCCUCCUGCUCUUUGGUGUGCUGUGGAGAGGAGCGAGAAGCAGAUAAAGCUGUCAUCGUCCGCUUUUCCAACGGCACCGUCCAAAAUGCAGACAAACUGGAUUUCAGCAUGUUUAAGAGCGCGGAGGAGAGCAACCCCAGAAAGAAGAGCAGGCGGAUACUGGUUGCUGAAACAGACAGACUGUCCUAUGUGGGGCAGAACUUUGGAGUGGGGUCCAUGAAAUGCAAUAAUCUUUGCAAAUAUUACGUUGGUGUGUUGAAUAAACGGACCAUGACAAUGGAGGUGCACAACGCUCAGCUCUUCAACAUGCAACCAGUUAUACCAGGAGAGACAACAGACAGCACAAAGCCCCAGGACACUACUCAGACCUACAGGGACAAGGUUGACUUAUUGAUUGAGGCCUUUGGCACCAACAAGCAGAAGAGAGCUCUGAGCUCUCGCAGGCUGAAUCAGGUGGGCAGUGAAACCCUGCAGCAUGCAGUGGCAAAGGCUGCCGAUACUGUGAUUGGUGAAAAGGGUCUGGAAGCUCUGCAGCAAGAAGUGGCUGACGCAGAGUCACAGGGAGACCUGGCUCUGCACCUUCCUCCCUGCAAUGCAAAUGCAGAUGAACGAGAGAACGUCUAUCCAUUUGAUGAGCUCCUGAGCCCAGUAGAGUUUGGUGCUUUGGAGCAGGGUGGUGCCAAAAUGGCAGCACUAACCCCUGAAGAGCUGAAGAAGAUGAAAGAUGAUGGAAGGUGCCUGAGUGUUGUGAAGCAUCUAGAAAACCUGCCAACUGAAGCUGAAAACAGAGACAAAAUGGCUCGCUGCUCCUUCUACCUCUCUCUGCUCCUCAAACUCGCACGGGAGAAGAGCAUCACCCGCAAGUUUGGGCUGGAGGAAGGCUGCCCUCGCAUCAUUCAGAGCACCCUGUUUAAAACGUUCACCGUGGAGACCUUCAACAGUGGCAGGAUCCAGAACAAGGUGUCAUCAUCAAUGCGUGCCAAAAUAGCAGCAUACUGCUUAGCUCUGCUGCUGCAUAUGGGUCACAUGACAGCUGACCUCACAUUACUGCACCGUGACCUGGGAAUCACAGAGGCACGGAUGAUUGAAGUUGCGAAGACAAUGGGACUGACCUUGAUGAAACCAGCCCGAGGCAAGGGUGAUAAAGCUGAGCUGCAAGACGACCACAGACUGGCCGCUCUUGUUCUGCCUUUGGUCAAAUACGAUCACUUCACCGAGAGGCGGAAACGCAAGAAGAUGCACUGAAGAGCCAAAACGAAAACCGAGAACUGAACAGAAAGAAUGAAUGUGAAACAAAUGAACGCCACAAACAAGGCUCGUUUAUUAAUGCUUUUUGUGGACAAAUAAAGUGAACUUCAAGUCGUA